AUGCAAUAUAAAUUGGCUGAAGCUCAGUCACAAAUUAUGAAAGAGAAUGAAGAGGUAUCAUCACCAAUAGCUCUACAGAGUUUUAACUCAUCAUACAUUCGAAGAAACAAUAGGAGAGAAAAAAGAUUAGCAGCUGAAUUGGGAGAAAGUUUAUUGGACAGUUCAGAUGUUUCGAGCGAUGUGACCUCUUUUGCUCUCGAUAGUAAUAUUGGAUUGAAAAAGAUGCCACUCUACACGACGGUAGCCAACAGUGAUAAGUAUUCUAAAUUGUUCAAGAAUCAGUUUUACUUCUCUGAGAGAUUUCUUGUUAUAUUAUUGAGUGUAGUGCUAUUGACUUGGGCAACUUUGAUUUUUAUCAUACAUAUGGUACUGUUAUUUUCUGCUGAUAUUAUCAACCCAACAUGUCAGAAACGUUGUAAUGAGCAAGAGGGUAUUGCUGUCAGAGUUUAUGUCUGUAUUACCAUUAUUUUGAUUAUUCCAUUUGGAUAUCUUUUAAUGAAAAUGAGAAAGAUUAAUGAUGCCUUCUCCAUUAGAAAGGAAAUGACAAUCAUGCUGUUUUUCAGUAUUUUCGUUGUGGCCAUACCAAUGAUUGUUUUAAUUGCAGUACCGAAUCAAUUUUGGCCUCAACAACCAACCAUUGGUUAUUUCCUCGGUAUUGAAUUGUUAGGAAGUUUUUUCAUUUCCAUUAUUCUCCCACUCUCUUCGACAUGGACUCGUAAUAUGGACAUGUCUAAAUUCAACAUCUUUAGGAAACGAAACCCAAUUCCAACAACCAAAACUGAGCAGCCAAUUAUACCACUUUAUGAAACCUUUGAGUUUUUCUUAACUGAUGUGAAUGCUAGAGAGGUUUUCAAACAAUUUUUAGUGAGAGAAUUUCACGUUGAGAGCUUGAUGUUUUGCAUGGAAGUGGAACAUUACAAGGGAUUGGAUAUUGAUGAUGACCAUUCACUGAAAGAAGUUUCGAAAAAUCUCUUUGACACUUAUAUUCAAAUUGGAUCAGCAUUCGAGGUCAAUAUUCCAGGUGCUCUACGUGAUGAAAUUUCUAAAAACCUUGCCAAACCAAAUAUGAGAACCUUUGAUAAGGCUAAGGAGGAAGUUAUCAGAAAUAUGCAAAAGGGAAGUUUUGUCAGAUUUAAAAAGAGUAGCUUGUAUGAAAAUUUUAUUAACAAACGUUUUGGAAAAUAA